CUUCAGAGUCGCCAUACUUCCAUAUUUCAUUUACGCAUGCGUGUGGUGGUUGUCCUGCUAGAGUUUUAACAGUCAUCAUUUUAAAAUAUGUCAGAAAAAGGAGAGGUGGAUUUGACCGGUGCCAAACAAAACACAGGCGUGUGGCUCGUUAAGGUUCCCAAAUACCUUUCUCAACAAUGGGCAAAAGCGACAGGCAGAGGAGAAGUCGGAAAGCUCCGGAUCUGCAAGAAAGGAAAUCAAGGAAAACCAGAGGUGUCUUUCACUUUGAAUGAAGAGCUGACUGUGAUUGACGGUAUAGAGGAUAAAACGGUGUCUGCACCACGCGAACACCCGUUCACCAUGCAGUCAGUGGGAGGUCAGACAUUGGCAGUCUUCACAGAGACUUCAUCAGGCCAGUCAGAAGAGAGAUCUGAUGGCAGCAGCUCAGGUUCGGGGGCAGGGACAGGCCCAGAUAAAAUAACCUUGGAGGGAGUGGUAGUGCAGAGAGCAGAAUGCAGGCCUGCUGUCAGUGAAAGCUAUAUGAGGCUGAAGAGGUUACAAAUUGAAGAGUCCUCCAAACCGGCCAGGCUGUCUCAACAGUUGGAUAAAGCUGUUACCAACAACUAUAAACCUGUGGCCAACCACGAUUACAAUCGUGAGUAUGAGAGGAAGAAGAAGGAGGAGGGCAAGAGAGCCCGAGCUGACAAGCAGCAAGUGUUGGACAUGUUGUUUUCUGCUUUUGAGAAGCAUCAGUACUACAACAUCAAAGACUUAGUGGAUAUCACCAAGCAGCCUGUGAUUUACUUGAAGGAAAUCCUGCGUGAUAUUGGCAUCUACAAUGUGAAAGGAACACACAAGAACACCUGGGAGCUCAGGCCAGAAUACAGGCAUUACCAAGGCGAGGAAAAGACUGAUGAAUAGUUUUUGAAUCCAAAGGUCAAUACAUGCUUUCCACUCAGAGGAGGGAUUUCCUCUUGGAUCAGAGCUUGGUUUGACCUGGUUUCUCUACAUCAGGUCUGAAGAUGCACUGGACGAUGAGGUGGAGUUUUGCAGUCCCAUCUCAUUCUGUAGGAACAAAAAUAAAGGGCACUAUGGAGAAAUCAGAGGUUAGGCAUUGAAGUAUGCACCACCUUUUUCUGAUGUGGUUCCCUUUCACAGCUUGAGUGUGCUCAUUUAGUGUUUUAAGAAGUAGAUGAUCUAUGACUUGAGGCUGAAAGCAGUGAAUCAUGUUUUUAAGUGUUUUGUAUAUCCAGAAAUAUGGGGUUUAAUGUGGAGAGGACAAAAAUUUCAGAAGAACAGUGUUACUAUUGGUAUAGGUUCCACUCAGAUUUUUGUGACUUUUUUUACAAGUCAGUUAUGAUUUUUUUUUGUUUUUUCUUCAAUGAAACAUGGUUCAUCAGUUUUCCACAACACAACAAAUUGGAUCCACAAUUUAUUGUGAUCUUUACUCCAGGUGUCUUCUUCUUAACCCACCUUUUGUAUUAUUUUAGGUUGUUUUAUAUUUGGUCGACUUAUGCAAUAAAGUGUUUUUUCAAUAGAAAACUUA